AAGUGAUCCUAAGACACUAACACGAGUGACCUCGUCCAUAGGAUGCAAGGCAGCCAUCAUAAUGCUGUGUGUUGCUCAACACGUGUAUGCUGUGGAAACAUGCAGUGCAUAUCUACACCCACAAUGCGUAUUGUGCAUGUUGGGAACGUGGGAGGGGUACGCCAAACUGGGUAUCGAAUAUGCCGCCCGUGCUAGUCGGAUGGGUGUCUUAUAGACGGGCGGUCGAUUACCAGUUGGCUUCCAAGAGACCCCAACAAUCACAAUGGAACGACCAAGGUUCAGAAGAUCAAGACGAAUGAGAAAUGCCGAAGACCAACCACGGCGAACCGCUGUCCCACCGCGAGCACGGCCUACCCCAACUCACCCCAAAGAGACAAACGUAAUACGAUUACCUGAAGGAAGUGGUCUGGGGAGAUUUACGCUGGAUGUUGGAGGACCUCUUGAUGCAGUGACGAGUGUCUGUUGGUCGAGAAGUGGAGAACAAAUGUUCUCAGGUUCUCGAGAUGGAACGAUCCGGGUUUGGUCGUCAGGGACCGGAGCCCAAGUCGCUCUCCUCCAGGGACACACGAACACAGUUCACGCCAUCGCAAUAUCUUUUGAUGGUCGCUUCAUUGCGAGCGCAUCCUCUGAUUGUACUGUUCGCCUAUGGAGCGUGCGUACCUAUGAAGCAGUCAGCCCGCCCUUCGAGCAUGCCGACGAACUCUAUUGCGUCACAUUCUCCCCUGACCGUAAGCGAGUCGCAUGUGGUGGGAAAGACACCAAGGUGUAUCUGUGGGAUAUCGAGCCAUACACUAAGCCAGACGCUAGUAUAAUGGAUAGCUGUGAACCAGCUCCGGAAUUACCGUUGGCUCCCUCAGACGAAGAUAUUCUUAAUGAGCUCUUGAUACAGGAGGUCGCUGGCUUCCUUCCCCCGCUGGCGCUUCAGAAUGGAGUUCCACCUGAUCUGAAUGUUCCCUCAGCAUUUACUGAGAAUUGGCCCAGCAACGAGAUCAACAAUGCUCUCGAAGAUGCAUCAAAGGACUCGAACCAGCCCAAGGAGUCUAUUGAAAUCCUUCCUAGUCCAGUACCUUCCUCAUCCUCAUCCAAGCAUCGCUUCUUGGAUAGACUACCACUCUUUCGUCGUCGAAACGAUGUCGAUAAUUGUAGUGCCGCAAAUUCGGUCCUGGCGAAAGGAUGAUGAUAUCUGAAUUCCUGACAUAUCCCAUAGAGAUUGUGACCCGCAGACAGACCAAGUUUUAUUGACAGUAACAGUAUCGUUCGACUCCAAGCUCUGUAUCAAUGGCGAUCUUGUAUCAGUUCAACUGGUUACUUUACCUACCAUUGUUGCCCCUCGAGGAAUGAUUAUCACGAUGUUUAGUCUAUUUCCACUUCGUUUUGCGUAUAUUUCCCUCAAGGAAGAACAGCGUGUUUUGUUCUCAAAUUUGCGUCGCUGUCACUGUGCCAUACAAUUGCAUAAUACUCUUGACAUUUUUUUUCGCAGUUGCAUAUUGAGUGUUGCCGAACACAGUUAACAACA